UUCCACGCGAAACUAACAAACGCCAGAUCCAAUCGUUGUGCUAGGAGUUCUCCAACAGAGAAAGCAUAGUGACGCACAGGAAGCCCGCAAGCGAGAGCCAGCGCCGCAAGAAAGUCACAUUAAUUUGGGUGCGCACGCAAUCCCGCAGUUCAUCAUGCCCUCAAUACGCAACAAAUCCUCCUCCUCCCAGUCCUCUUCCACACCCACACACCCCAAACUCCCAACGUCGAGGUCGGGCUUUCUAAGAAUGUCUCUCCUACGAAAAGCCAAGACGCUGCUCACGCCGUCCGCAUCGUCGACACACGUGCCCCAAUUGGGAGGAUUCACUACGGCCAAAUCCGAGACGGAUCUGUUCCCCGCGACGAGGCCGGAGGUCGAUGGCGAAGAGUGCCUGCGCGAUUGUGAUUCUUGUACGACGCAUUACCCCAAGAAAUUCUCGAUUGACGAGGAUGAUAAACUCUACGGGCAUGUUACGGGGUGGAGUACGCAUCUUGUCGUGGGCACAGGCAAGACGGAUUGGGUGCGCGAUGUGACGGACGAGAAGGGCAGUGUUAUGCAGGCUGUUGGCAAGGCCGGGUUGGAUCGCAAGAAUGGCAAGAUCAUGCUGAGUGCGAGUAACUUGCCGAGCGGCGAGGAGUGUCAUGGCCCCGGCGUCGAGGAGGGCACGAGUGAUGUGCUUUUGUUGCCGGCUUGGGUGUAUAUUGAGAAGGUCGGCCCCAGUCAGGUCCCCAAACUGUUAACUGAGGUUGUUGAGCGGAGCGCCACGAAUGUCACUCCGGUGAACGGAAAGCAGAAGGGACUGCAGACACAGAGGCAAACACAGACGCAAAUACAGACGCAAGCACAAGAUACAGGAGAAGAGACGAGUACGGGUACAAGUACACAAAACGGACACGAUUCGAGUCAAGUACCUGAUAUUUCUGAACUGCGUGUCUCCGACGAAAACAGCACACUCGAUCCCACACCACUACCUGCAUCGAUAUCCACGUCCUUCAAAACGAAGCCGAUCCCGCACGACUACCUGAUACUCAUGUGCAGCCACAAGACGCGCGAUGCACGGUGUGGACAGUCGGCCCCUCUCUUACGGAAAGAGUUCGAGCGCAUACUGCGACCCUUGGGCAUGUAUCGAGAUGUGCAUGACGAACGGCCUGGUGGUGUGGGUAUUUAUUUCAUCAACCAUGUUGGUGGACACAAGUACAGCGCCAAUCUGAUGAUAUAUCGAAGGCAGGGACGGAGGAUGGACGGAACGGACGAGGAAGAGGAUGGCGCGCCGCUGGCCAAGGAGGCGGUACAAUUGAUCUGGUUGGCGAGAGUGCGGCCGGAAGACUGCGAGAAUAUCAUUCGAUACACUGUACUGCAAGGAAAGGUAGCCCAGCCGCAGAGGCAGUUGAGAGGUGGAUUCGACCGAGAAAAGGGCUUGACGAGUUGGUGAGCAUUGCAAGGAUGGUCGCGUGCACCAUCGGUUCGGAGUUUGGGGUGUAAAGAGCAUUUUCAUUCAAGCAAGAACAGCCUAGAUGCGUUAGAUGAACAGCACAGCC